AGUUUGACAUUUCUAAUCGCAAAGAGAUGGCUAAAUUGGUUUUCUUGUGAUUUUUGGAGUCAUUUUUUAGCAUUUCCUCGGCAAUUUCAACCAUGUCCCUCACUGGAAACUACGACCAGAAAUCCCAGCCAACCUGUCACUGCUGCUUCCGCCUCCUCCGGUGGAUUCCGGUGGCUUUUAUUGUGGCUGUAAUUGGGUGGUCGUACUUUGCCUAUGUUGUUCAGCUGUGUUUCUUCAGUGUUACGUCAAUUGCGGAACGAGCAAUCCUCCUUAUACUCUUCCACUUGUUCUUCUUGAUGUUCAUGUGGUCCUACUAUCAGACAAUUUUCACACCUAUUGGAACGGUUCCGCCAAAGCAGUUCCGCAUCCCACCGAAUGAGGUGGACAAGCUGAAUAGGGCGGAAAAUGAGGAGGCACAGAAGAGAAUUCUCGAGGCAUUCGCACGGGAACUUCCGGUGGUCAAUCGCACCAUAACGGGAGCCGUGAGGUACUGUGAAAAAUGCCAACACGUGAAACCCGACCGUUGUCAUCAUUGCAGCGUCUGCGGGGUUUGUGUUCUCAAAAUGGAUCAUCACUGCCCUUGGGUGGGCAACUGCAUCGGCUUUACAAACUACAAAUUCUUCAUUUUGUUUCUGGGCUACGCUCUGACGUUCUGCCUGUACGUAGCCCUGUCGUCGCUGCCGUACUUUUUGCAAUUCUGGCAGGGUGAACUUGAGGGUGGAAUGGGUAGAUUCCACAUUGUUUUCCUCUUCUUCAUCGCUGCCAUGUUCGCCGUGAGCCUUGUUAGCCUCUUUGUCUACCACAUCUACCUGGUUACGCUCAAUCGAACAACACUGGAGGCCUUCAGGGCACCCAUUUUCCGUGGCACGGGACCGGAUAAGAAUGGUUUCAGCCUCGGGCGCCUAAGUAACUUCCAGGAAGUCUUUGGGGAUCAGAAAGUUCUCUGGUUUCUCCCCAUUUUCACAAGCGUUGGUGAUGGUGUCUCCUAUCCAAUUCGCUGUAUGGAGGACGAAGAGGAUACCGAGUCCCUCUUGGGGGCGGAUAGUCGACAAGAAUUUGAAAUUUUUUCACGCAGUGAUGCCUCAAUUGUGGAUGAUAUUCACUGAAAAUGAAAAGAAAGAUUUUCCAGCGUCUAUCGCAGCUUCCUUUUGACAAAAAAAAAACAAUUUCCAAACAAAUAUUAAAGAAUAACAAAAAAUGAGAUAAAAGCCAGAAAUUCUACUUAGAAAAGCAAGAUGGUGGUUUUGUAAAUAAGAAAUAAUUGUAUAUUUUUCUCUAUGUGUGAACAUUUGGAAGGUACUUGAGGUGAGAGAACGAUGUUGAUCAAGCGCCAGAAGGAGGAAUUGACAAGUAAAAGGAUUUUUAUCAAUUUUAGUGAUAAAUUUUAGCGGAAAAAAGUGUGCAAAAAAUGUCUAAAAUCAGAAUAAUUUUUAAAAAAGAAAAUGCUUUAUAAAUGAAAAUUUUAGUAAGUUUUAGAUACAUAAGCAUUCCAUAAAUUUGCAUUUGAUUUAUUAUAUAAUCUACUAAUAAAUAAUUCGUAAUUCAGUCACAAAUAAAUCUGUGAGAAAUUCUAA